UGAUACACGUACGUAAAAAGUGAGUUACAUUUAGGAUCAGGAUGAAGAUAGAGUGCACGACAGCCGAAUACUGCAAUUGAAUUCGACGAGUUUCAGUCCAAAUAAAUCCGCCCAUACACCAUCACGGGACUCAGUCUAGUCUGAGCUACCACACAAGGUCAAUUAGCCAAUCAGGUCGGGAACCUCUUCUUCAAGUCUACCACACGAUCAGAGGUCGUAGGUCAAACAUGGCUUCCGAUACCGGGCCAGGUCAAAAGCCUCAGUAUGGGUCAAAUAGCAGUGCUGCCAAGUUAUGGAUGCUAAUCAAUGUCAUCACCUGUGUGUUCUUCACACUAGCAGGUUUAGUACAGGUUAACGAUCAAGACCCGUAUGUUUGGAUGCCUGUAUAUCUAGUACCAGCUCUUCUCUGUUUCUCAAUCGUUUGGAAUGCUGAUAUAGUUGAGAAGAGUUGGUGGAGACUGAUAGCUAUCGUUCAUCUCAUUGGUUGCUUGAUCUGUACCUGCGUCUUAGGAGGAACGGUUAUUCAUUACAUGGAGGACAGAUUGAUGAACCCACUGAGAUAUGAAGAAGGAAGGGAGCUUAGUGGUGUCUUAAUUGUUGAUGUGUGGUUAAUAAUCUGCUUAUGUCGCUGUUGUGGAGUAGUAAAAAGUGGCACAUCAACAGGACAGAUCAGCGUGGUGAUGUGGUUGGCACUCAUUAUCAGUCUUAUGCCUAUUGUCUUCUGGGGACUCUGCUGCUUCUCGCGAUUCAAUCACUGCUCGGACAUGUGGUGACUAGUCCCCUCCCCUGGGGCGGGUUAGAUAGAAACCUUGACCAGGCCCAAGACCAAGCCCAAGAACUAUUCCUGAAAGUAACUUCAUUGUUUGGACCAGUCAUCAUAGAUAUGAUCAUCGGUCCUAUCCCCAGAUAAUUUGGGGGACUGUGCUCAUCAUGUUUUAGUAAUUGUAUGGACAUUCUGUGACUAGUUCCCUCCUCGGGGUGCAUGAAUGAAAACUCAGACCCAGGAGUGGAACCAAGAACAAGCACAGAAUUCACAAUCUCCAUAUUUGGAUCUCAUAAUCAUGGAUGUGGAGCAGGGGGAGAUUGGAACCGGAUAACAUAACCCUGGAAUCUGAUGCGACCAUCCAACUCUAAAUAUAAGAUGUGUACUCCCAUUUUUUUCUUCAUUUUACUUUUUUUGUUGCUUUGUGUUUAUUUUAAGUCGUGCUCUACUACCCUGUUAAUGACAGUGCAACUCACACUAUUAAAAGCCAAAGAAUCAAUUGGCCAGUUUGUAAUAUUGAGAUGGAUAGUAUGGUUUCUUAAAUACCAUUCCUCGAAUAGCAUUCACUUCUCACCCAUCGAUUUGGAUUGUACAUAUUUCUGCCCAUAACGACUUAUGAAAUGAGUUUGGUGGCACCGGUGGGAUCGGAUCCCGGAUAGAAAGGAUAGUUAUGAAGACUAUGUAUGGAGGAUACAGUCUCUGCUUUCAUGCAGAAUGUGCUGUCAGUCCAAGUCUAGGUCUGAACGUCUUGAUCUUUUGUGUACAUACAUAUUGCAAGGUAGAUUAUAUUAAAGCCUGUCUGGACUAGUUUGGCCAGGGGGGAUUAGACCUCUACCUGCAUGGUCACUGACAGGUGGUUAUCUCAUCAA